AUCCGCAGAGCAGACGACACAUGCGUUGGGUUUCGAAUAUUAAUUAGUUUCAUGACAUGUGCUCUUGUGGUUGGGUGAGGGCAAACUCGAGGAGGAAUUGUAGCAGGCCAAGAACUUCUACUAAUUACUUAUCAUUUGAACAUCUGGAUAAACGCUUCAUCAGAUCAUCGUAUUCGGAUAACAGUUCUUAAUCUUAGCCUGCCACCAUGGACUCGGACCAGCUCUAUUCUGAUUGGAUAACUCAAGCAUAGCGCUUGGCCUACUUUGACAACAUCAUGUACCCAUGGUCGACCAAACCGAAUCCAAAACUCAGUGCUGGAUUCUUCUCAAAGCUUAUAUUAUGGUGGGCAAAUGAGAUUCUGAGCAAAGGUUACCACCGACAUCUAGAAGACCGUGACGUUUAUGAGGUGCUCCCGGAGGACUCCUCCAUCAUUCUGGUCAAUGACCUGGCCAGGGAAUGGGAGAAGGAGCUUUACCAGUGGAGGACGUCAGGUCAGAGCAGCCUCUUGAGGGCGUUACUACGGUGCUAUGGGUCACAGCUCAUUGGUUGUGGGAUCACACUCUUUCUAGAGGAAUCAUUGAAAAUUGGUCUCGUGGUGCUCAUUGGAGAAUUAAUCUGGUCAUUUGAAGCGUCGAGUUCGUACACACAGUUAGAUAUCUAUCUCCUAGCGCUUGGGAUAUCACUUGCUUAUCUCUUCAUGUCGAUAGUCAGUCAUACGCGGUUCCAUUUCUACCACCAGGGGCUGAAGAUUCAGUCCGCAGUUACGGGGCUCAUUUAUCGUAAGAUUCUGAAAUUGAGCUACAACAAUAUUCUUGGCGAAGUUGCUGAAAGUCCGCUGAAUCUUAUCGCUAGUGAUGCGAAACGACUAGAAACAAGUAUUCUAAUGGUGCAGCAUGUCUGGAUAGGAAUCGCCGAGGCCUGUGCGAUUGUGCCGUUGCUAUGGUUAUAUGUUGGGUUCGGCCCGGUCUGUCUUGUCGCGGUCGCUGUGCUUACUCUUCUCAUUCCAUUUCAACUCAUCAUGGGACACCAGUUCGCUAAACAGGGCGGACGAGCCAAGAUCUAUCGUAGCACAAGAGCGACCAUCAUGGAAGAACUUAUCGCAACCAUGAAGUUUCUAAAAAUAAACUGUUGGGAACGACCGUUCACGUCGCAUAUUGCCAUCACAAGAAGAAACGAAACUCGUUACAACGAAAGAGCGUCACAACUUCGUGGCUUGACGGCUGCCAUUCAUGUCGCGUUUAGUAAAAUUGCUGUUUUUCUCGUUAUUCUUGUUUACGUUAUGAUUGGGCAUAGCUUCAGCGCCAAGCAGGUGAUCGUCAUGCUUGCCCUGGUGGAGAUACUGCACACUAACUUUAGUUUGUUUCUGCCGUGGUGUGCAGCAGAUGGAGCACAACUUUUGAAUUCAAUCAAGAAAAUUCAGGAUUUCCUCACUUUAGAAGAGAAGACAUUAGAACAUGACAAUCUCCAAGACGAGCCCUCAUUAGCCAAAGAUACGGUCAUUAAGUUUAAUGACUACUCUGCCAAUUGGAAUAUUAAUACAUAUCGUACCAAGACAGUAUUAGACGAUAUCAACUUGGAGAUCAAGAGGGGACAGUUUGUUUGUAUUACGGGUCCAAGAGGUUCAGGAAAGUCUUCCAUUCUCUCCUCCAUCCUGGGUGAGCUCCAGACAGCAUCGGGCAGCAUCCAGGUGAAAGGCAAGCUGGGAUACAUCAGUAAACAUUCGUGGAUAUUCGCUGGCUCGAUACGUGACAAUGUGCUCUUCAGUGCCGAUUUCGACAGUGACAGAUAUCGGCGGAUUAUAGAUGCGUGUGAACUCGUCCAUGACAUUGAGCGCUACUCGGCGGGGGAUUUAUCGGAGAUCAGGGACCAGGAUAUAACACCUGAUGAUGGCAUCAGGGUGCGACUUGCCCUCGCUAGGGCAAUUUAUAAUGACGCAGACAUCUUCUUGUUAGACGACCCAUUCAGUUUGAUGGAGAUCAGUAUAACUAACAGAAUCCUCACCAGGUGUCUCCACGGUCUCCUGCGCGAUAAAACCAUCAUCCUCAUAUCGAACAAUGCGCAUCAGCAUAAGGCAGCUACACAGGUUAUUGAAAUUGAAGGGGGCAGAGUUACAUCUGUUAUUGAAUAUGAUAAAUAUCUGAAGGCAGAUGGAAAUGGUUAUGAGAGUUUGCGUGACUGUCGUGGACUUAUAUCGAAGAAGAUUGCAAACGGCGACCUUCCUGAGAAAGUCAUCGGGGAACUUGAGAAACUGAAGAAGUUACAUACGACAGAUAUUGACGAAGUGGAAAUCGAAUUAGAGAUGUGGGAACGCUACUUCUACGAGUUGUCGGUGUUUGAGGAUGGAGAGAAACUUGUCCCCAGGAGUAGAGACAGUGGGCUAAUGGAGGUGACCUGGAGGACGUAUCUGCGCUAUUUCAACCUUGGAUGGGGCGUGUGUGGCAUCGUGUUGUUAGGAUUACUUUUGUUUCUAACUCAGGUUUCUUAUGUAAUGUUCGACUGGUGGCUGGCAUAUUGGGUGAUCCAGAAUGAACAGCUCAACCAGCCAAAUGCCACCGUGAGCGAUCCUAUUUCUCUCAAUCGUUCUGAAAUGAAUGGAGUUCUCAUCCUCCUUGGCGUUGGACUCAGCCUUUUAAUCCUGGUGCUGUGCCGCUCCGUCACCUACUAUGGCCUCAUGGGAAAGAUUGCACGUAUUCUUCAUCGGCGCGUGGUUAAUGCCGUGAUGUCAGCGCCGCUUCAGUAUGUCCAGGCCAAUGAAAGUCAGCUGACAAAGAUGUUUUCCACCGAUAUGUUUAUCAUCGAUGAUGCCAUGCUCGUUCAAAUGUUUGAUACUCUUCAGUUUUUCUUCUCCGGUCUGUGUACGGUCGUCCUGAUCGGUGGCUGCAACCCCUGGAUGUUCCUCCUCCUCAUCCCACAGACCAUCAUCUACAUCUUCUUACGCUACUAUUACCUUGCCGCCGCGUGUGACCUCAGGCAACUGGAGAGUCAUGCUAAAGAACAAGCGUACACCCAUGUCUCCAACACAAUGCACGGCAUCCGUCCAAUCAGAUCGCUCGAUUCACAAGAGCGUUACCUCCGCCAUUUUGAUCACAAACAAGACCACCUGACGGCAACAAGCUACCUGAUGAUUGAGGCCAAUCAGUGGCUGGCCGUCAGACUUGAUUGCAUCCUCAUCAUCCUGGUCACCAUGCUGGCAUUCAUUUCUGUUGUCGCUGCGAGCGAUUUGCGUGGCAGUCUUGUAGGCCUGGCCUUGGUGUACGGCGUGCGUCUUCACUGGUUGUGCCACCUCUCCACGAGACAAUCCUCACAGUUGGCACACAUGAUGACCUCAGUGAGUCGUCUUCUUCACCACAAGAACCUCGAAGCCGAGGGUCCAAUACGGACAACACUCGACCUCGCACAAAACUGGCCACCAUAUGGUAUCAUCACAUAUGAGGGGACAACUCUACAGUACAAAGAGAAAAGUCCAAAGGUGUUGAGAAACUUCUGGUGUUGUUUCCGAGCUUAUGAAAAGGUUGGUGUCCUGCGACGGAAGGGUGCCGACCCGCACGCUCUCAUCUCCUCCCUCCUCCAUCUUGUGCCGUACAAGGGGUCAAUAUGGAUCGAUGCUGUCAAUCUCCGAGAGGUGGCGCUGUCUGACCUACGAGAGAGGAUCUGUGUCAUCCCAGAUGACCCCAAACUCAUCUCUGGCAGCCUGCGACAGAAUCUGGACCCGUUGAGUAAACUGACGGAUGUGAUGCUGUGGAAGGUUUUAGAGGAUGUCCAGAUGAAAACAAAAGUUGAAUGUCUUCCAAAUAAACUUCACACAAUAGUUUCCACAGAUAAGCCCAUAUUCAGCUCAGCCCAGAUACAGCUGUUAUGUCUGGCCCGCGCGCUGCUGAAGGGGACCACGGUGCUAGUCCUGGAGGAGAUACAGACAUGCUAUGAUGCUAGAGCUAACAGCGCCAUCCAGUCCAUCCUGCGGAGCAGAUUUGAACAAUGUACAGUGAUAGUUAUAACACAUCGAAUACAGAGUGUCGUUGACUUUGACAGAGUGCUGAUCAUGGACAAUGGCCGAGUGCUGGAAUACGACCCUCCACAUAUUCUGCUGCAGAACCCGUUGGGAAUAUUCAAGCAAAUGUUCUCAGAACUAAGUGCGAAAGACGCCAUAUUAUUACGAGAAAUGGCUCAAUAUAAGUUUGAAAACAAACCCUACGUUCCACCGCCAAUGGACGAACGGACGUUGCAUCCAGAAAGCGACAAAGCAUUUUCAAGACCUUCGAGGAACUUCUUACCUGCGUUUCAAACGUCGCGUUUGACGAGUGUGCUCAGUAAUUUGACGCCGAGUAAUAUAUGAGUGGUGUCAAGACGUUAUUUUAGGAAACAUUUCACUGAGCUGAUGUGUUUUUCUGUGAUUAUUUAAGUGUUUUCUAUCCUGAAAUGGAAUGAAUGAGAGGUGUGAGUGUACAACGUUGUCAACAGGAGAACUUGACAUGGGCUGGCCUCUCAGUUACUCUUAUAAAACACCGUUUAAUGGUGACUGUGCCCAAAAGUGGGUCGAAAUCACUUGUUUCUGACCCCCUGAAAUGUUUUCUGGAUGUCAAAAUGGUAAAAUCUGCUCCUAUUGCCACUAAAGGAUAUGUUUUGUAAAUGCAUGAUACGUUUCCAAAGAAAAGUUAUUUAAUUGUGUUGUCACCCUUGAAUUAGACAAACUGUACUGUAAAUGUAUGGUGACCACAUCUUGAUAUUUGUUUUAUUUCAAGUUAUUGAUAUUUUACAGUAUGUUAUAUGUUAUAUGUUAUAUGUGUUUGAUUUGAUUGUGCAUAGCGAAUGUAUGUAAUGGCUAUCAUUUUAUACUUCUGGGAAAAAGUGUCAUACUAACAAUA